CCUUGAGUAAAAAGUUUCUACCAAAAUAAAAUAAAAUAAAAUAAUAAUAAAGAAAAUUGUGUUUUUAAGCGGCGAAGAAGAACACAGUCGAAAUCGCUCCCUUCAUUUUCUCCUCAUUCUUCCAUCGUUCCUCCAAUGGAGAUUAAGCGGAAAGGCAAAGUACACCCGUCACCGUCGCCAUCGUCUUCCUCCUCCGUCUUCAAGCUACUUCCGGCCGCUAUUUUGGCCCUAAUCUCCGUCCUCUCCCUCGAGGAACGCGAAGUUUUGGCUUACAUGAUUGCCAGGUCCAUCCAAUCCUCCGCAUUCGCUUCCACUCGCGAUUCCAGGAAGAAAUCCGCCAGAAAAGCUUCAAUCAAUGGCGGAAUCGCUACCAUUACUUCCGGCAACCACAAAACUCCGAUGUUCUCUUGCGAUUGCUUCUACUGCUACACCGCCUACUGGUGCCGCUGGGACUCCUCUCCCAAUCGCGACCUCAUCCACCACGCCAUUGACGCCUUCGAAGAUCACUUGCCGAUCGCCGAGAAGCCGAAGAACAACGCCGCCCGAGCCAAGCGGCGACACAGAAUCCGCAAUCAAGCCAUCGACAAGUCCGUUCCAGUAGUUCAAUGUCCGCCGCUGGAGCCCGACCAGUGCUCCGCCGUCCUUCCGCCUUCGCCGGAGCGCGACGACGGAGGCGAAGGAAGCCUGGCGGCGGAGGAUGGGGAGAGCGGUGCAGCGGAGGACGUGAGCACCGCCGCCGCCGCCGACCAUCAGAAGGGUUUGGCGACGAUUGUGGUGCCGGACGUGUUGCGGUAUUUCAAAUCCCGUUUUAGUAGUCUGUGGAAUCCGAAUACGAAUCCAUAAAUUAUUUUU